AAACUCGUCUCAAACAUUGGAAUUUUGGAUUGGAAACAACUCGUCGUCUUACAGGUUAGGUCAGCGUCCAAGUGUUAUAAUUUGAUUGACCAAAUCUAUAAUGGCAAAUUCUCGUCAGCAACCUGCUAUUGACGAGUUAUUUGAUAUAAAAAACAGUUUUUAUACUGGGGCAUUUCAACAAACGAUCAAUGAAGCACAGAAAAUUAAGCCAUCGACAUCUGAACUACAGAUGCAAAGAGAUAUUUUCCUGUACCGAGCAUACAUAGCUCAACGAAAAUAUCGCAUUGUUCUCGAUGAAAUCCAUGGGACAUCUCCAGCAGAACUUCGUCCAUUGAGACUCUUGGCAGAUUAUCUUGCCAACCCUAACAAGCGAGAAGCAUUGUUGGAUUCUGUGAAGGACCAGUUGAGUGGCAGUGCAGAUCUUUCCAACCAUACGUUUGUUAUUGUUGCUGCGACUCUAUUUUGUUAUGACGCUAACUACGAAGCUGCUCUCAGAGUUCUGCAUCAGGAGGAUAGUUUGGAAAGCUCUGCUAUGAACAUCCAGAUAUUUCUUCAAAUGGAUAGGGUUGACCUAGCCCGAAAGGAAUUGAAGAGCAUGCAAGAGAAAGAUGAAGAUUCAACGCUGACACAGUUAGCUCAAGCGUGGGUGAACAAUGCCAUGGGAGGUGAGAAAUUGCAAGAUGCUUUCUACAUAUACCAGGAGUUGAUAGACAAAUAUGGCAGCACUCCCAUGUUGCUUAAUGGCCAGGCUGUGAGUCUCAUAGGUCAAGGGAAGUAUGAGGAAGCUGAGGCAGCGCUGCAGGAAGUCAUGGACAAGGACAGCAACAAUCCUGAUACUCUUGUAAACAUGAUUGUACUCACACGCCAUCUGUCAAGACCCAGUGAGGUCUGUAACCGAUAUCUCGCCCAGAUGAAGGAUUCCUAUGGUGACCAUCAAUUUGUGAAAGAUUAUCAUCUCAAAGAAACUGAAUUUGAGAGGUUAGCCCAACAAUAUAGCAAGGUUGUUUCAUGAUCCUCCUGAUAUGUUUUGUUUCAACAGUCCUCUCUGAUGCUUAAUAUAUUUUACUUACCAUUUUGAUUAAAAUUAUAUUAUAACCAAGUACUGUA